UUUGCAUGAAUACGCAAACAAGUAUCUCGCAGAUACAGAUGCAGAUUAAUGGUCUUCGCUUAAUCAGUCUUAAAGUUCGCAUAAAUACGUCUCAGUCUUUGCCUUUGCCUUUGAAUUCCAUUCCUCAUGCAAAUGAGGAUGAGGCGAAUAUCUCAUAUAUCUUCUAAUGAGGGAUUUGGAUUGGGGCACGCAACAAAAUGGGAGCUCAGGUAGUCUUUUGGUGCAUUCUGGUAAUUGCUUUUGCCACGUGCGGCGUGCUGCGGCAGCUGUUGCACGUCGCCCGCAGAUAGAGAUACACCCAAACAUGUAGGUACAUAUGUACAUAUCUGUCGCGGCGCCUUGCACACAUGAUUAUAGAUAUAUGUAUAUAUCUACAAGAUACCCAUCAUUCGCUUCUGCUUCUGCUUAUGAACAUAUGUAACUGCGUGUUUGAAUGUGGCGGCGGAUGCACAUGGUGGAGCGCAGAGCAGAGAGCAGAGAGGUGCAGGAUGCGGUGAGGCAACUCCCCUAAUCAAAUAAUGCCAUGUCCAGGAACAAGCGGAGGCACAGUCAGAGUAGAGGCAGGAUCUAUCUGGAUGUUCCUGUUCCUGUCGCUCCUCGGCUUUGUCACAACAAAGGACCUGGCAGGAGAUCCUCACAACAGCUGACAGCUGUUUGCCUGUCGCUGCUGCCUUUGUAUCUGUGUGUGUGUCUUUGUAUCUGUGCAUCUGUAUCCUUGUGCGCUGUCAUUGCCCUGCAGUUGAAGUCCCUUUCUGUCGCUCCCUCUCUUUAUCUCUCUCUCCCUUUGACUCUGUGGCUCAGCUUCUCCUCAUCAUCAUCAUUUUUCUCUCUCUCUCUCUGUCUGGCUAUGCAUCUGUGAGAUACACUACUCUGCCAGUGGCUUGUGGCGCGUGCCGUCCGUCUGUUGGCAGGAGUUGAAGUUUUAAUGCCGCUUUAAAUUUUCCAACUGACAUCUCCCCGGCGGGACAGCUGUCCAGCGCCAGUGCCCGCCCGCCCGGUCAGGGCUAAUCCCUUUGACAGCUGGCCCCAGCGCCGACUGACCACCGCCUCCCAAUGAAAUUUUGAUUUGAUUUUGGCCUGCGCCUCUGUCACGGAUGGCGGAAAAUCAAUUAAAUUUCCCUGCACAGAACAAAGAAAAAUCUGCGGGAGCUCUCCUCUUGCCUGCCAGAAAAUGGCUAUGCAUGUGCAUAUGGAUAUGGAGCCACUGCCGGGAUAUAUAUGUGCAUGCAAUAUGCAUAGGGACACACAGGAUAAAUUAAUGGGGAGAUAUGGGAUCUCCCUGGUCUGCCACGGAAAUGUAACGGUCGCUUCCAAGGGUGAGGGAAGACCGUUCCCUGCGCCCGUUCGCAGGGAAGGUUUUCGCUGCACAAAGACACAGAAAGAGAAGAGCACCAAAUUCUGGGGGAGAAUACACGCGCAGCGAAUACAUACUACAUACUCGUAGGUUAUGAGUUGGUAAAUAAGAAUUAUACGAGGAGUGCUGAUAAAGGGAACGCAACCCACGGUAUGCCGGCUGUGGCUGCUGCUGCCUUUCGAUUCGUUUCAACCCUCGCUGAGGAAGCAAAAGCAGGAGCAGGAGCAUUAGCAGAUGUUUCUGUUUUCUGUUUCUGGCUUAAUGGAACGCGCCAAACAGAACAGCCACACAGCCACAGUCAUUGUACGGGUGUCUGGGCAGAGCUCUUUUAUAUGUAUAUUAUGUAUAAAUGGAUAAAUGGCUGAAUGGGGGGGAAGGUACGCGGACAGGCACGAUCCACUCGACUGCGCGCCUGCGCAGGAAGUCGAGGAGCCGACAUUUCCACGUUUCUAGCUUCAGUCGAGUCGCAGUUGUCGUCGCGAGCGGAUCGGAAAUAGCAAGAGACGGAUCUUGCCAGAGAAAAGUGAACCCUAGAAAGUGUAAAGACAAUAAGUGAAGUGAAACGCACCCCUUAAAGCAGGAAUACCAAGAACAUAGACCUGAGAUACGGUACAGUGCUCUACAGAUCAUGUCCCAGCACAACUACACGAACCCGGCCUUCUGCCAGAACAGCGAGUUCUAUCCGGUGCCCAGCAGCGGCACCGGCAGCGGCAGCAGUCGCGUAGAGUCCAUCUACAACCGCAGUCUGCAGCUGAAUUUCGGCGCCGUCUCUCGGCCAGCCCAUGUCGCGCCCUCGCCGAGUCGCGAUCCCCGCGAGGGUCCCCUGCGGAUGCAGCGUAGCAUGUCCACGCGAUCGGUGACGCGGAAACAGCAGCAGACACAGAACUACAAGCAGCAGAAGCAGCUGCAGCAGAACCACCAGCAACACCAGCAGCAAAACCAGCAGCAACAAUCUUCGAGUGGUCGCUAUGCUCUGGUGCCCCUGGAGGAGCUUAAUGUGAGCAGAGCUAGCCGAUAUGCCAUUGUGCCCGGACAGGCGGCCCAGCGACUGGCCAGGUCCCAGGACAACCUCGAUUGCUAUGGAUCCAGGUACGGUCUGCAGUCGGACGAAGAGCCGCACUCCUUCCACGAGGAGCCGCACCAGGAGACGCAAUUCGCCAGUCUGCCGCCCAUGCUGAAUGCUCUGCCCCCGAAGCCCAUCGCCAGCCAAGGACAACAGGGAAUGCCGGGACAGACGAAGAUCAAGCACGCCUUUAGCAGCGACUUUGGCAGCAAGACGUUCCUUAUCGUGGACAAGAACAGCAACCAACGGUACCAGAUGGUGCCCACGGCCGAGGACGAGGAACUGGUGGACGAGAACCAGGAGAUCAUCCAGAUGCACAACGGUCGGGCCCAUCGGUACGCGAUGAUACCCACGGACGCGGACGAGGAGGAGCUGGUCGAGGAGGAGUCCUCGAUGAUGCAGCAGCAGCAGGAGACCUGCCUCAGCACCACGGAGCUAAGUCAGCAGUUUGCCGCAAGGACCUCGACGCCACAGCAGAGGAACGCAGCGGCCGCCACACGGGCACUCCACGAGCUGCUCACCACGCCCCGCAAGAUGCAGCCGCCGCCGCGUCUUGCCCACUCCACGCCUCGCAACGCCGCCCACCACGAGCAGCUGCAGCUGGAGCGGCGCCUGCAGAUCUACCAGAGCCAGCAGAUCCUCAGCCAGGUCGCUCCUCCUCCUCCUCCCACAGUGCCGCUCCGCCAAAACCGACUCUCGCCGCAGAGACUCCACUACGAGACGGUGAAGGCAGCUCCUGCCCCACUGGCAGACCGCUCCAUGGCCGUGAUCAGUCCGCGGGUGCAGGAGCAGGAGCGUGACCGGGAGCAGGACAUGAGCAGCAUCCAGGGCAAGCCGCAGAACAAUAACUCCUAUCCGCAGAAGUUGGCCAAUGCUACCAUCACCCUGGCCGUUGUCUCACUGAUGCUCGUCCUGGGCAGUACCAUGAACGCCGGCCUCAUCAUCUACAUGAUAGCCCACUUUGGCAAAUCCUUCUAUCUACAAUUCGGUUUGGUGGCCUCUUUCUGCGGCGUGGGCCUGGGAUUCCUCGGAUUCCGCUCGCGUCACUGCGAGUGGCUGCCGAAUCGGAGCUACACCUCCGGAUACAUCCUGGUCACCGUGUUCUGCCUGUUCAAGAGCUGCGGCCUGCUGGUGAUCCUCGUGCUGGACCCGUUCCCCGGCCUGCCACUCCACGAUGUCACCACGGGCGUCAUCCUGGGCCUCUCCACCUUCACCAUGUUCUUCAUCGGCCUGGGCGUGAUGGGCAGCCUCUGGUGCUACCGUCCCCCGCCAGACAACCGCGUCAACGUUGUCUAAGGAUCGUCUUAGCACGAGUAGUUGUAUUGUCUACUUUAAGUUCCCAUAAUAGAUGUAGUCCCCUUCCUUCGAGCACUCGGCA